GCACACUGCUCCACACCUGCACCGUCCAGGCACACACUGUCUGCACAAUCCACACCUGCACCGUCCCUGCCUGCACAACCGCACCGUCCAGGCACACUGUCUGCACAAAUCCGCACCGUCCAAGCACACUGUCUGCACAAUCCAGGCACACACUGUCUGCACAACUGCACCGUCCAGGCACACCACUGCACCGUCCAGCACACUGUCUGCACACCGCAACGUCCGUGCACACUGUCUACAUCCCGCAACCGUCCAGGCACACUGUCCGCACAACCCACCGUCUGGCAACACUGUCUGCACAACUGCACCGUCCAGGCCAACACUGUCUGCACAAUCUGCACCGUCCAGGCACACUGUCUGCACACCUGCACCGUCCAGGCACACUGCCUGCACACCGCACCGUCCAGCACACUGUCUGCACACCAGCAAUCAGUCCAGCAACACUGUCUGCACAACCUGCACCGUCCACAACAUCGUCUGCACAACUACACCGUCCAGCAACACUGUCUGCACAACUGCAACCGUCCAGGCACACUGUCUGCACAACUGCACCGUCCAGGCACACCGUCUGCACACUGCAACCGUCCAUGCCACCACUGUCUGCACAACCAAGCAACCGUCCACCGUCUGCACAACCACACCGUCCAGGCACACUGUCUGCACAACUGCACCGUCCGUGACACUGUCUGCACACACCACAGUCUGCACUGUCUGCACAAUCUGCACCGUCCAGUUAACACUGUCUCACACCUGCACCGUCCAGGCACACUGUCUGCACAACUGCACCGUCCAGCACACUGCUCCACACACCGUCCCUGAGGCACACUUGCCUGCACACCGCACCGUCCAGGCACACCGUCUGCACAAUCUGCAACGUCCAGCACUGGCCUGCAACCGUCCAGGCCAACACUGUCUGCACAACUGCAACCGUCCAGGCACACUGUCUGCACAACUGCACCGUCCAGACACCACUGUCUGCACAACUGCACCGUCCAGGCCAACACUGUCUGCACACAACUGCACCGUCAUGCACACCUGUCUGCAAUGUCCGUGCCAACACUGUCUGCACAAUCUGCACCGUCCAGGCACACUGUCUGCACAACUGCACCGUCCAGGCACACUGGCCUGCACAAACCUGCAACCGUCCAGCAACACCGUCUGCACACCGCACCGUCCAGGCACACUGUCCUGCACAACUGCAACCGUCCAGGCACACUGGUCUGCACCCGCACCGUCCAGCCACACUGUCUGCACAACUGCACCGUCCAAGCACACCGGUCUGCACAACUGCACCGUCCAGAGUUACCACCGUCUGCACCAACCUGCACCGUCCAGGCACACUGUCCUGCACAACUGCACCGUCCGGUGCCAAACACUGCCCCAGAAUAACCCAGCACCGUCCACCGUCCGCACAAAUCUCAAUCAGUCUGCACACACCGUCUCACAACUCGCACCGUCCAGGCCACUGUCCGCACAACUGCACCGUCGAGCACACUGUCUGCACAACUGCACCUGUCUGUCACCGUCUCGUACACCAAUAACCCACCGUCCAGGCACACUGCUGCACAACCGCAACCGUCCAGGCACACUGUCUGCACACCGCACCGUCCAGGCACACUGUCUGCACAACUGCACCGUCUCAGGCACACUGUCUGCACAUCUGCACCGUCCAGGCACACUGUCUGCACAACUGCACCUGUCCAGGCACACUGUCCUGCACAACUGCAACCGUCCAGGCACACUGUCUGCACAACUGCACCGUCCAGGCACACUGGUCUGCACAACUCGCACCGUCCAGGCACACUGUCUGCACAUCCGCACCGUCCAGGCAACACUGUCUGCACACCUGCAACCGUCCAGGCCAACACUGUCUGCACAACUGCACCGUCCAGGCACACUGUCUGCACACCGUCCAGGCACACUGUCUGCACAAUCUGAACUGUCCAGCCACUGUCCACAACUGCACCGUCUGCACGACUGCAUCACCUGCACCGUCCAGGCACACUGUCUGCACAAUCUGCACCGUCCAGGCACACACUGA